AUGACCUAUUGUGAGGGCCACCGAUUCACACCUUGUCGCGAACUGGUUCUUGCUCUGAUAACUAAACUAGACCUUCCGUCUUCGGUGGAAUUGUUAAAAGCCGACGAGACUUCAGUCUUUGAGAAAUUAGUUCCGGGUCAUAAAUCAAGUAACAAUGCAGAAGGAACAGGUGAUGAUGAGGUCAUAAUCGAGUUCAGCCUCUUUGUUGCUCGCCGCGCUCCGCCCUCGGCCCCUCCUGCCCUGUUCCCCAACCGGCCCCGGCCGCUUACUAAAACCAAUUAUAUAAAUGCUAUAGACCUUGCCACAUCCUGGAACAUGGCAUGCUCUCUCCUCUCCAUUCCGGCCGCCGUCACUCAGGAUGCCAUUCUUCAACAACAAUCCAACUUCGCCGCCGCUCUCUUCACCGCCCGCUCAUCGCUAAGUGUUCGGCGUUGUCGACGAUGCCGUUUUCCUAACUGCCAGAACACUUCAACAGACACUUCAGCUACCAAGAAGAGGGAGCACAUCUGCCAUGUUCCAGGAUGUGGCAAGGUCUAUAGCAAGACUUCUCACCUGAAGGCACAUCUGCUCUCACAUAGUGGAGAACGUCCUUUCGUGUGCAACUGGAUCUUCUGCAAUAAGGCUUUUACUCGAUCCGACGAACUUCAGCGCCAUCUGUGA